UCUCUGUUUACUCUGUGUGUUAAAGGCCAAUUUUACUUUGUGACAAGUUGUAGGAUCUCAAGAAUAAGAUUUGCUACUCAGUUUCAAUUUUUACCCUCUUCCUUUCUCCAUGAUUUGAUUGUCAGUGAAUAUUCUAUUAAGUAUUUGCACAAUCUAGUACAAAAAUGAUUUCUCCAAAAGACUUCCUGAGAAAAAAUUUGAAGAUGGUCCAUGGUUACCCCAUGAUCUGUGUUUUUGCGGACAACUGGGAAAAGGUUGAACAGUUCCACAGCAGGCAAGAUGACAUUGUGAUAGCCACUUACCCCAAAUCAGGUACCACUUGGGUAAGUGAAAUUGUGGACAUGAUUCUAAAUGAUGGAGAUACUGAAAAAUGUAAGCGAGAUUUUAUAACUGCUAAAGUUCCAAUGUUGGAAAUGGCUCUCCCCGGACUAAGAAUUUCAGGUGCAGAGCAAUUAGAGAAGAAUCCAUCACCUCGGCUUGUGAAGACACACCUACCAAUUGAUCUCCUUCCUAAGUCUUUCUGGAAGAACAACUGCAAGAUGAUUUAUCUGGCUCGAAAUGCCAAGGAUGUUGCAGUCUCAUAUUACCAUUUUGACUUAAUGAAUAAUCUGGAACCCUUUCCUGGCACAUGGGAAGAAUAUCUGGAAAGAUUCAUGACUGGACGUGUUGCCUAUGGUUCCUGGUUUGAUCACGUUAAAAGCUGGUGGAAGAAAAAAGAAGAACACCCAAUACUCUUUUUGUACUAUGAAGAUAUGAAAGAGAAUCCAAAACAGGAAAUCAAGAAAAUUACUAGAUUUCUAGAGAAGAACCUGAAUGAUGAGAUCUUGGAUAAAAUAAUCCAUCACACCUCAUUUGGAAUGAUGAAGGACAACCCUCUGGUGAAUUAUACACAUCUACCAAAGACAGUGAUGGAUCACAGCAAAUCCUCUUUUAUGCGCAAAGGGAUUACAGGCGACUGGAAGAAUUACUUCACAGUGGCCCAAAAUGAGAAAUUUGAUGCCAUAUAUAACAAGGAAAUGUCUGGAAGCGAACUUCAGUUCCGCACAGAGAUAUAAGAGCCUACGCAGCAAAUCUGAAAGAAGUGACCUGUGAUUUGUUCAAAUGGGCAGUUCUGACUUGACUUGGAUUUACAAAGGAGAAAAUGUGUUUUUAAACAUUUGAUUUUUCAGUGUCAUUAAUCAGUUUCCAGUUUUGCUUCUGACUCUGAGCUUCCAAAUUCCCUAAAGUUAAGGCCAAAGGCUAUCUUUACAUAGGCUGCUCCUGCCUUUUCCUAUACUAGUACUGACAAGAAAGUAUUGAUCCGACCUAAUUUCCAUAUAUGUUGGCUUAGAAUUAAGUUCCCCCACUUACUCACAUAGCCCAAGAAAUGCUGUAUGCACACUGACACCACAUUUCCUAGCUCUGCCCUAAUUUCCCUUCGCUGAAAACUUGACCCAGGACACUCUGUUCCACUGCUGCCUUCUGGGUUUCAAGUUGUUCCCUGAGUCAUAGCUCAUCUUAGUGCAGUGUCUCUAUUUUGAUAACACAGUUCAUGUGCCAAAUCAUGUGAUUCAGAUUUUGGAAAUGUUUCUAUUCCUAAUCUGAUUUUCCAAAUCUCUGAUUGCUGAGUAUCUAACUUCUGAGUUUUCAAAGGUGAAAGAUCUACACUAGUCCCCCUUGAGCUCUUUCUCGGGAACUAGAGCUCUACUCUGAGAGCCUGGACUGAGGGCUGGAAUCUGCUUCCUCUGUAGAGUCCUUUCCAGACCUUUAUGGCCUCUUUUGAACUUCUGAGAAUCACCUAUUGCCAUGCUUGGUCCC